AUGAGACAUGUGCGGUCACAUGAGGAGGAGAUGGGCAGCCACGACCACGAGGGAGCAGCCAGUGACAGCAUGUACGAGUUCGAGGAGGGCGAAGGCCAGGGGGAUGGAGAGGGAGAGGGAGAGGGAGAUGUGGUGGUGGAGAGGGAGGGGGGUGGUGCAGCGGAGGGGGACAUGGAGCCGUUGCUCAAGUACGAGCGGAUGGAGGGGGACGUGAGCGAGGUGCUCAAGACGGCCAUUCCCACGUGCGUCGCGCUCUCUGCGCACGGCUUGAUUGCGCUGGGCACCACGGAGGGCACUCUGCAUGUCGUCGACCACCAUGGCCGCCAGGUGAAGACGUACGACCCGCACGUGGGAGCGGUGACAGACGCAGUUUUUGACUCCACCUCCUCGCACCUCGCCACCUGUUCCGAUGAUGGCACCGUUGUCAUCCGCUCCCUCAACCUUCCCUCCCAUCUCACUGCCCCACCUCCCCUCUCCUCCUCCCCUUCCUCCUCCUUCUCCUCCUCCUCCUCUGACCUCACCGCGUCCUCCCCGCCGGCCUCGUUCCCCACUGCUGCGGCUGCUGGGUCCUCGGGGGUGGAGACGGUGGAGAGGUUUGAGUACCAUCGCCCGCUCAGGUCGCUUGCUCUUGAUCCCACGUUUGGUGCUGUGUGGCGCACACGCCAGUUCGCCACCGGGGGAGUCGCGGGGGAGCUUAUAUUGAGUACACGCGGGUGGCUGGGGGCGACGGAUCAGUGCCUUUCCUUUGUGUCCUCACUCGUCCCCCACAUCUCCUCUCUCUUCCUCUCUCAAGCUGCUGCACUUCACAUGGGGAAGGGUGCCAUCACAGUGCUGCACACGGGGGAGGGCGCCAUAACAGUGGUGCGGUGGAGGGGCACGUACCUAGCAUGGGCCAACGACCGUGGAGUCAAGGUCUACUGUGUCGCCUCCUCUGCUCGCCUCGCCUUUGUGGAUCGCCCACGAGGCAGCCCCAGCCCUUCCGUGCUGCCUCCUCACCUCUUCUGGCGGGUCCGUGCUCCCCCUCCUGCUCCCCCUCCUGCUCCCCCUCCUGCUCCCCCUCCUGCUCCCCCUCCUGCUCCCCCUCCUGCUCCCCCUCCCGCUUGCCCUUCUGCAUGCCCUCCCUCCCAUUCCCCAAUCGGUCGGCACCCAUUCCCAUUAUCCCUCCGCAUCAUCCACCUGCUUGCCUUGGCCCUUCCUCCUUUCUUCCCGCCUCCUCUCUCCCUCCCUCCUCCCUCCCUCGCACGGCUUCGCUUGUUCACUGAUGACUGCACGCUCAUCAUAGGCUGGGCGGACACCAUCAAAGUAGCCGUUAUCCGCUCCAGAACCAACCCUUCCUCCUCCACCUCCUCUUCCUCCUCCUACUCCUCCUCCUUCUCCUCCUUCCCCUCCUCCUCCUCUGCCUCGUCCCCAUCGCGCUACAUGGAAAUCACCUCAGUCCUAAAAGUCGACUAUUUAAUCUCCGGCAUAGCCCCCUACGGGGACCUCCUGCUCGUUCUCGCCUACCUCAUGCCCUCCUCUUUCUUUGCCAACUCCAGAAGCGCCAGCUCCUGCAGCAGCAGCAGCAGCCGCAGCAGCAGCAGCUGCAACAGCGUCAGCGCUCGCUCCCCUUCCACCCCCACCACGCACCAGCUUCUCUCGCUCUCUAGCUCCUCCGGUCAUCUCUCUCUGCCGGCUGCUGCUGCUGGGCUGCUUGCCUCCUCGCCUCUCUCCGGCUCGCGCUCCCCUGCGGGCGAGGGGCCCCUCACUCUGGCUCUCAGGCCCGAGGUGCGCCUGGUGUCUCUCAAGAACCACGAGCUCUCAUCGGACAUCCUCUCCCUCAGAGGCUUUGAGCGCCUGCAGGCUGCAGAUUACUACCUUGCGCACUCUCCCCUCUGUGUGCACAUGCUGGAUGCACAGGACCACGUGCAGUGGCUGCUGUCACAGGGCCGCAUUCAUGCUGCUCUAGAAGCCACCGGCCUUGCACCUGCUGCUUCUGCCGCUGGCGCUUCUGCUGGUGCUUCUAGUGCCACUACUGAUGGUGCUGCGCCUGCGGCUGCUGGCGCUGCUGCUGCUGCUGCGGAUGGUGGUGGUGCUGCUGCUGCUGCCGCUGCUGGUGCUGCUGCUGGUGCUGCGGGCAGUGCAGGGAUGGAAGGGGGAACGCUAACAGGCAUCACACUGGAGUUGCUUUCAGAGGUGGGGCAGCAGUACCUGGAGCAUCUGAUGCAGCAGCGCAGGUACCACCAGGCCGCUGCUCUCUGCCCCAAGCUGCUCCGCUCUCACGCUGCCUCCUGGGAAAGGUGGGUGGUGUGUUUCGCACAGGCGCAUCAGCUGCCAGUGCUGCUGCCGCACAUUCCCUUUGAGCACCCCCAGCUCGCCCCAGCAGUCUAUGAGAUGGUGCUCUGUGCGUUCCUGCCCUCCCCUGCGGACCACUCUCUCUUCCUCGCUGUCGUGCGCUCGUGGCCGCCCGCCAUCCUGCCACUGCCGUCCCUCAUCACCCGCGCUCAAGCCCGCCACGCCGCUCUCGCUGCUCACUCUCGCCCCUCCGCGCCCCUGCUCGAGGCAUUGGCAGAGCUAUCAAUGAAGAGCAACAACAUACCAGACGCCCUGCGCUUCUACCUCCUCACGGCGUUGGCAGAGGCCAAUCCGUGCACAGCGAGGCGGGUGGAUGCUGUAUACGACCUCAUCAGCACCCAUGCCUCGCUGCUGCUGCCCUGCCUAACCACUCAGCUGCCGCUCCUACUGGCAGUCGAUCCGUCCAGGUGCAUUGCAUUUGUGUCCGCCCGAGUGCGGCUGUUGCCCCCUUCCCGUGUCGUCUACUGCAUCGCUCGCCUGGACCCCCUCCGCUGCCCUGCUCCCUCUCCCUCUGCCCUCCCUACUGCUGCUACCCCAUCUCCCUUUGCUCUCCGUUCUGACCCUUCGCCUCCUCCUCCUCUUUCCACUGCUGUUCGUGCUGCUGCCACGGCGCCUCAAUCGGGUGUGAACUCUCCAACAACAGCGGGCGAUGCUGCUGUUCCUGUUCCCUCCGAUUAUGGUGUUUCUAGAGCUGCUGCUGAAGUAAGGAGUCAAGCAGGCUCACACAGGGUGGAUGGCAGGAAAAUACCACACAAGCUACAGCUACAGCUACAGCUACACGAGGGUGGGGAGGAGGUGACGGAGGAGAAAUGGGAGGGAGCGGUUGGGAAGGAAGGGGGAGAGGGGAAAGCGCGAGAGGAGAGCAAGGAGGGAGAGAAAGAGUGGGAGGGGGGGGAAGAGGACGGGGGGGAGGAGGGAGGAGAGGAGGGGGAGGAGUUGGAGGCGGCAGUGGUGCGUGGCAUGGGGGAGGUGUGUGUACGGCACCUCAUGUUCCGGUACCUGCACACGGUGUUCGUGAGCGGCGCCGCUGUGGGCAGGCGAUGGCACACCAUGCAGGUUCACCUGUACGCGGAGUUUCAGCCGUCGUUCCUUCCAUCCUUCCUGCGCCGCAGCUCCUUCUACUCGCUUGACGCUGCGUACAGGGCGUGCCAGCAGAGGGGCUUACAGCACGCCAUGGUGCUGCUACAGCAGCGCAUGGGCAACCACCACGCUGCGCUCUCCCUCUGCCUGCACGCCCUGGGCGACGUUGACAAGGCACUCCAAGUGGUAGCAACCAGUGGGGAUGACUCUCUGUGUGCCUCCAUCAUCCACCAAGCGGCCUCCAGCCCCCGCAUUCUGCAUGCGCUCCUGGAUCGCUGUCUACCCACCAUCAGUCCACUGCACCUAGUGCGCAUGCUGCACCCGCAACACCCCGUUCCUCGGUUAAAGCAGCGGCUCAUCCCUCUCCUCCGUUCAGCCUCAUGCCAAGUGGAUAUUGAGCGACAAUCGCACCAACUUGUUCUCUCCGGCUGGUUCAAGCUCUUCUCCUCAUUCCAUAAAGAGGCGUGCAGAGCGGUGCGAGUAGGUUCCUCCGUAUGGCAGUUCAGCCUCUCCGUCCCCCCUGCCGCCUUCGCCACUCCUGCUUUCCUCCUCGCCUCCCCAACCCUCUCCUCCCUGCCGCCUCCCUGGCUGCCUCCCACUCCCAGCGCUGCCUCCGCUGCUACUGCUGCUGCUGAUGCUGGGCUGAUAUUUUCAGAGAGAGGCGGGCGGACUGUGGUCUUCUUCUGCUGCCACUCCUACCACCGCUCAUGCCUCCUCCAUUCCACCGCCACCGCAGCCACUGCUGCUGCUGCUGCUGGUGCUGCUGCUGGUGCUGCUGCUGGUGCGUCUGCUGGGGCUUCAGAAGGAAUAAGUGCUGCCACUGCAGGUUCACCCUGGUCGUUUUCUUCUCCUGCUGCUGGUGGGACCCCUAACAGCUACCUCCCUUCUCAUUUCCUUCCCUUGUUGCCACCUGCUCAACGUCCUUCCUCGUCCCUCCUACUAGCCCACUCCUUCACACAGCCUGCGCCAGAGAUUUCUCCUCGUAUGACAGAAGCAGCAACUGAGAGAGCAUCUGCAACCACUCUCGUACCUCCUGCCACCACUGCUUCCUCACCUGCUGCUGUGACUGCCUCUGCUGCCACCAGUGCAGCUGUCGCCGCAGCUUCGCAGUCUGACCUGUCAUGUCUUGAUUCUGAGCUGUUUCCCGCCACACAUGACGUGUCUUGUGCUGUGUCUGACGUGUCUUGGUCUGACUCCCCUAUCGUGGAACGAGUAAGGGCAGUGCUGGAGGGGCAGAGUGGAAGGGCAGAGGAAGGUGGGGGGUUUCUGGGAAUGGGCAGGAGGGGCAGGAGGGGAAGAGGGCAGCAGCAGAGAACUAUGCGGUUCAGUGGGUCCUCUGCCUCUGCCUCUGCUGCUGCUGACUCUGUUGCUGAUUCUGAUGCUCCAUCCAGCCAAGGAGGUACACCAGGAGAAGGAAUGCAAGGAGGGGGGCGCAGGGGAGGAUCAGGAUUCGGAGGAAGAGCAGGAGAAGCAAGCGGAAGAGGAGAGGUUAUCCGGGGUCGGAAUGCUUCUCCUGCCACACCUCCUGGUGCCUCCCAUGCCGCCCGCCCCAGCGACCCUGGGGAUCUGCGCCUGCUGUCCUACUGGCAGCGAGAAUCAACCCCCGUGGUGGCAGAGUCGAGUGAAAGUCAUUUCAAAGGGAGAGAUGAGCAGCAGCACUCACACAGAGGGGCCUCUGGAAGGGUGGAUUCUGGUUCUGAUGGGUGUGGGCCAGGAGGGGGCGAGGCUGGAGAGGGCUGGGAUGAGGCGAGGCAGGUCGGGGAAGAGAGGUAUGGGAGGGGCAGUGGAGCGAGAGAGGGAGUGGGCGGGAUGAGGGAGGUCGGGAGUGGGUCUGGGUUGUAUGGAUCAUGUGAAACUGGGGGAGGGACUGGGGGUGAUGGCUACAGUGGUGGUCGUGCUGGUGGUGAUGGUGCUGGUGCCGGUGGUGAUGAUGUUGGUGGUGCUGGUGAUACAGUGGUAUCAAUACAAGACGUAGAGACAGCACAAGGACAGGUGUCACCACCGCAGGCGGCUCCUGACCUACUAACAGGACAAGGGAAAGCGGGUGCAAUGGAAGCUGAUCUUAGGGCAAUGAAGUUUCUUGAGUACACGCCUCUCGCGAGGCUUAAUUCCUUUCUUUCACACCUUAACCUUCGCGACCACCAAUUACAAGGCCUUCUUGAAGCUUACUCAUGUAAAGCAGCAGGGAUCGACAAGAAGUUGUCAAGAAGCGUGGAGCAAGAGGUGGUUGAUGCUCUUGCUGCCUCGCCCAUGGAGCUAGCAGCCUCGCCUGUCGGCCCUCUCUCCACCUCUCAAAGUCGCAAGACCCUCGUCUAUCUCAUCCUCACACUCAACCACGUUUACCCUGACUACGACUUCAGCACGCUGCGGUCGCACCACUUCAGCAAGGAGAGCGGCCCAGGGGCAGUCAAGGACCCCAUAGACCAGCUGCUGCGCGAAGCAGCCAAGCUAUGGGAGGAGGAGAUGGGCAGUGACUUGGCAUUUGCUGACGCCCUCUGGUCCUCAAUAGACGAUGUGAUACAGCUGAGUGAGUGCGAUGUGUACAGUUACCAGCCAGACGUUGACACUGACAUAUUCACUGACAGCAACAGCAUAUGGUCCUUCAACUACUUUUUCUACAACCGCAAGCUCAAGCGAGUGCUAUACUUCACCUGUCGCUGUCGCAGCAAGGUGGGAGCAGAGGAUUCAUCAUCUGAGGAAGGGGAGAGUGUUGAGGAUUAUGCUGACAUGGCAGCCGACAUGGACCUCUAA